UUGAUGUAAAAUAAAUACUUUGUUUGCAUAUCUUCCCAAUAGCGCAGAUGGACGCCGGGGGUCUGGACUCCGAUGGUCAUGGAUUCCGCAACUCAAAGGAGAUGUGGAGAGAGGAGAUCGGGCUAGGUGAAGAAGAAGAAAAAGACGCCACCUGUGCUCCCGCCGCCAAACGCCAUGGUUGGUAUCAAAAGGGCAUCUCCUACUGGCAAGGCGUGGAUGCAUCGGUGGACGGAGUUCUUGGUGGUUACGGCCACGUACAUGAGGCUGACGUUAAGGGAAGCGAGUCUUUCCUCAAGCCCUUACUUGUCGAUCGGUUUGGAAGCGAAAGGAGGCAUCUUGUAACCCUAGAUUGUGGUUCAGGCAUUGGGAGGGUGACAAAAAGUCUCCUGUUGAAGCAUUUUAAUGAGGUUGAUCUUUUGGAACCAGUAAGACAUUUUCUAGAUGCUGCUCGUGAAAAUCUUGCUCCAGAAGGUGAUAUGAAGGAAGUUGUGCACAUGCCUGUUAAUUUCUAUUGUCUUCCUCUUCAGGAAUUUACUCCGGAAGCUGGAAGGUACGACGUGAUUUGGAUUCAAUGGUGUAUAGGACAUCUUACGGAUGAUGAUUUUGUAUCAUUCUUUAAGAGAGCAAAGGUUGGCUUAAAGCAUAAAGGCUUUUUUGUUGUUAAAGAGAAUGUUGCAAGAAAAGGAUUUGUCUUGGAUAAAGAAGAUAGUAGCAUCACAAGAUCUGAUUUGUAUUUUAGAGAUCUUUUCAAACAGUGCGGUCUUUAUAUUUACAGCUCAAAGGAUCAAAAAGGAUUUCCUGCAGAACUUUUUGCUGUGAAGAUGUAUGCUUUAGUGUGCAACAAACCCAAAGGUGGAAGAAACAAAAGACUUGACUAUACGCCGGCCUUGAUCAAGCAAUCUCAUUGAUCUUAGAAACCUUCUGCCAGAGAUUAAUAUAGUCAGUUGUGAAGGUUUGAGAAAUUCCUAAAUAUUCAUUCAGAACUCACUUUCAAAUUAAAUUUUUUUUUUUUUUUUUGGAGAUAAUGAAGUUUAAGCAAAUGAGGAAUUGGGCAAUGGCUGAUCAGCUGGUCUCUUAUGCUUCUUCUCUGGAAAUGUUCCCCAAAUCCAGAAAUGUUGCUAAUCAGCGAGAUCUUGGUCCAAUUGAUUCUGAUUGUGUCAUUUAUUUUAACUUACUGCAUUAUUAAACUAUGUUUUAGUUUCCUGAUUCUGCUGCGGCUGUAAGCAUUUUUCUUGGAGUGCAUAUUAGAGAAGGAACUGCCUGGGUUAUCAUGGAGUCCAAACUUUGUUUUAUUUAUUUAUUUAGUUUUUUA